AUGGACGUCAUGGGACCUUUUCCCACUUCAAGGUUAAACAAUACCCAAGUUUUAACCAUACAGGACUCUUUUACUAAAUUCGCAGUGGCAAUUCCCAUGCCUAUCAUCACCGCCGAAGUGGUGAUGGAUAGAUUUCUGAAAAACUUUGUUUAUAUUUUUGGACCACCAUCUCGUCUUAUCACCGACAGAGGUUCAAACUUUAUGUCAAGCAAGUUCCAGAACAUGUGCAAGUCACUCGGAAUUCAACACGAGCCAACUCUACCACAUCAAAAGAAUUCCAAUGGUCAAGUAGAACGACUACACAGGACGAUAGAAGAAUGCCUCACACACUAUCUCAAAGAAGACCUAACUGAUUGGGAUUCAUUCCUGCCAAAAAUCAUCUUCGCCCUCAACAACUUAUGCAGCUCAACUACAGGAAUAUCUCCGUACAUCGCUUUGUUUGGAAAAGAUUGCAGAAUGACUCUGGACGAGGACAUCAGCACGCCAAUAGAAGGAACGAUGGAAGAUGCCCACGAUGCCAAGCAGAGAGCCGCAGAACGAAAGAUAUUGGAUCAAUACAUCAUAUCAAAAUCAGAAGCUGCAGCGAAGAAACAUGAAGAUAAAUACAAUCAAUCACACAGAACCCAAGAAAAAUCCAUUGAGAUAGGAGACAAAGUUCUCAUCGAAGUCAAAAAUACAAGACCAGGACAAAAGUUACGACCAAGUUAUGUCGGACCAGCUCAAGUCAUUCAAGUUCAAGGAUCACGAGUUCAGAUCAAGAA